AUGACCUUCAGCAGGUCUCAAACACAGAAGAGGAAGAUGGAACACAGACAACUGGGAAAAUUCACACGCCUAAUUAAAAACGAUGAGCAAUGUUUGAAACAAGGAACUUGUUCUCGUGAGAAUGAAAAGUUGGUUGUGAACCUAUCUUCAAGGCCAAUAACACCUACGACGCAAGCGGCGCUCGCAAAAGGUCUGAAUUUCGCACCGACUCCGCGGAAAAUACCAGUGGAGGCAAUUAUCACUGGCAUAGAAGAAACGAUCGCGCACAACAAAAUUCCAGAUCAAGAUGCUGAGUGUUUGAGACAAGAUGUGUCAUCAGUCAUGCGUAAGUCCAAGUUACCGAAACCUAAUAUGUCAAAACGAGAGUUUACAGCGCUCAAAGACUUACGUAAUGACUCAUCUCUUUUGGUGUUACCUGCGGACAAGGGCAACGCUACUGUCAUAGUGGACACAGCGGCAUAUGAAAAGAAGCUCACAGAGCUGGUCAGGGAUGAAUGUAUUUAUAAAAAGGUUAAUUACAACCCUACCGCUCGCGUGACUUCCGGUUUAGAUAGUUUGUUACGCUCAAGUCCGGAUGACUCACUUAGAAGACACCUACGUCCACAAAACCCCACCGCUCCAAAAAUCUAUGGUUUGCCUAAAAUCCACAAACCCAACUGGCCCUUGCGACCGAUAGUCAGCCAAAUAGACUCACCUACUUACAAGACCUCCAGGUAUAUGUCGGAUAUACUUCAACCUUUGACUGGAAAAACGGCGAGUUACAUAAAGGACUCAACGCACUUCAUCCAACAGUUGGCUAAUGUGAGGCUAGCCGACGAAGAACUAAUGGUGAGCUUCGACGUUACUUCGUUGUUUACAAAUGUACCGGUAGAGGACACACUACAUAGAAUAGAUGACCUGAUUAAGAAUGCAGGCUUACCUACCGUGUACAUGAGUAUCAUAGAAUACUGUCUGAAGAGCGGUUUCUUCGUCUGGCGUGGCGAAUACUACUUGCAGAUGGAUGGUGUAGCGAUGGGUUCUCCCAUAGCUCCAGUGGUGGCAAAUAUUUUCAUGGAGUGGUUUGAAGAAAGAGCUCUCAGUACGACGGAAGAUAAACCGAGAUUCUGGUGGCGAUAUGUGGAUGAUGUUUUGCCAUCUUGCACAAGAAUAGUGUGA